CCAAGAGCUUAUUGAAUUCUUGACUAUUUAUCAAAUUUUUCUUUAAAAAGUUGAAACUAUUUCAUUAAAUUUAACAAUUUUCGAAAAAUGAUUUCGAGAUAAUUUGAAAGUGUAAGUGUACAAAUACUAAUUCCUGCAUUUUACCAAUACAAAUGUAUCUAUAUCUUUAAUAAGAGCAAUAUUAGCCGAGGGAGUGAGUUACUAAAAUUAAAAUAUAACAAGUUUUUGAUUUUUCCACAGUUUGGGUCUAAGAAUUAGGAGUUAAAGAUAUAAAAUCCUGAUGUUCAUUGUAAAAACUAUAACUUGUUAUAAAAAUUUUAUAUGAUUUGUUUAAGAUUGAAUCAUUAGUAAAUCCAGAAGUUUAAAAUUAUAUCAUUUUCAUUUAAACAGAUUUAAACUAUUAAAUAUUCAAUCAUUUAAUUAUCCUAAUUAAACUUUGCGAAAAUCUCUAUAAUAAUGAACGAGAACAGAGAUAUAAAUAACUUCGAAGAAAAAGAUGCAGUUAAAGAUGAAAUUUCUGAUGAAGAUUCAGAUUCUCGUGAUUGCAAUAUGAGCAAUACAGAUGACUCUGCGAAGAAAAGGAACAAAAAAUAUUUGAUGACCAAAAAUAAGUCACCAAAAAAUGAAGGAACAUUAAGUCAAAUAUUUAAUAGAGCGACAAGUUCUAUAUUUAGCAACAAAUCAUCUAACAAAAGUACUUUCAGUGCGAGAAGUUCAUCAAAUGUUAAUGGGGGACAAACUCACCUAAAAGAUUCAAAUGAUAUUAAUAUUCCUGAAACUUAAACUUGCCACUUCAUUUAAAUUAAGAAAACACAAAUUACUAAAUUGUUUUAAUUACUAUAAAUAAGGUGCUCUAGAUUCUAGACACAUUUUAAACUCGUCUUUCGAAAAAUAUUUUGGACAUAAGUUAACGAAUCUUUUGAACAUUUGAAUCAUGCUAUAACAACCUAAGUUAUGUUGUGCCACCAAUAAUGUUAUAUUUGGUUAUACAUGUUCUGUUCUUAUUCCAAAAAGACGUAAGAAACGAACAAAAUGGCUGAAAAGAAAAAAAAUUUAAUUUUUCGUCUAGCCAAAUUGAUAAUUCUAAUGGUGAAAGCAGCCAAGAAUCAGAAGACGAGGUAAAUGAAGAGAAUCAAAAACUUAGAAUUUUAAUAAAAUGUUGGCAAGUUUAGCUCAAACUGAAAUAGCGACGAUGAAAAUUUACAUCCUCAAAAUGCAUACUUCAAUGAGCGCUGUUGAAACUGCACAAUUCCGCAGGUCUAAUGAUUCGCAAAUAAUAUCAAAAAUUGAAAAUUUUUAAGAGACAUCUUCAAAAUAAAGAACAAGUCAAGGAUAAAAACCUGUUUAAAAAGCAUGUGUCAACACAAAAAUCAGCUAUGAGCAAUCAACAGGUCAACAUCAAUAGGCUAAGAAUCAUCAAAGCCGGAUUCAAAACUUAAGUGGCAUUUACUUUAGGCUUUUAGUAAUUCAAUAUGAAUUACUUCUAUUAUUUUAGAAUGUAAUUUUUUGCUAGAAAAUUGAAAAUACCAAAGAGUAAAAUGAUUUUGUAUAAAACUAAGCUGAAUGUUAUGCUAGAAAUGUUUUAAUAAAUUUUACAAAGAUUUUUUUAAA